UAUUUAACUGCGGACUACUGAACUCAAUUUAGGGUGGGGGGUUUAUAAUAAAGAUUUUUUAGGGCGGCAUUAUACAAAGAUCCUGCAAAUCGAUUGGUAUACAAUCAUUAUCAUUUAUCUUCAGCCUAAGCAGGUGUUGCAGAAAAUGGUGAAACAUAAGCUGAAGCAACCUCCAAACAGUUGUACUACAAGUGACCCUGAUAUGGAGGAGUUUGUACAAGAUGGUUGGGUUGUUGUCAAGAAACAAAAAGUUACAAUCUUGAUCCCGCCUUUACCUUUGACUGAACAAUGCACGAUACGUAGCCCGAAAAGAAUUCCAUCACAGCCUGUAACUACCAAAGAAGUUGAUCAUAUUAUUGCAGCUCCACUGCCCGACCCACCCCUUCCUGUAGAGAAAACUAUGUCGUUAGCCACUAAGAAACCUGUCAGAACAUUUUCCAACCCUCCAGGGUCGAAACCUCGGGUUACCGCAGGAAACCACAGUACUUACAAAUUCAAAAGUUGUAAAAGAGUUGGGAUUUGCGGGGCACAAGAAGCAAGAAAACAUUGUGGAAGUUUGCUCAGUGGACACAUGCUGGUGAAUCCAAAUAUGAGGGCUUUGAAUCUUGAGAGGAAGCUUAAGAAAGCAGGUGGGCUGAACAAUUGGCUGCUGUCUCUGGGACUUGGCCAAUUUGUGAAGAUAUUUAGGGCCAAACGUGUUGGCAAGGUGCAGUUGGUGAACCUGACCAUGAAAGAGCUGAAAGAUAUGGGUGCAAAUGCAGUAGGGCCCAGGAGAAAGCUGAUGCAUGCUAUCGAUUGUCUCUGGUAGACUGGAGGUGCAAAAUUAUGACAAGAAUAGGGGAACCACUAACACGACAUAAAGUUACCUAUAGUGUUGUAUGGACUAUCACUAACCUCGAUAUGUCAAGCGAGGAAAAUAACUCGUGUAUAAACCAACAAUUUAUUUGUUUAUAAUCUUUGAACUCGUGUGCUGCCCCUUGGAUCAGUUGACUGGUCCAGAGCUGUUCUCUAACCUUGUUAGUUGUUACCACUGUAACCAGCACAUUGAAUAGUUUACUACUUUUCUAGACAUCUCAAAUAACUUCUGUCCUGGUCAAUGUGAGUGUGUAUUGUAACAUGGCUGGCACAGAAGUGUAGUUCCUUGUAAAGCAUAUUUGUGUAUGUGAGACAAAUUACACUAGUUACCCA